AUGCAAUUUAUCUAUGCCGUUUAUUCUCCUCCAAAGCUUGCUACAGGUACCAUCGCAUUAAUAAUCCAGCAAUGGUUUUACUUGGAAGAUUAUUUGAAAUUGGGCAACGUCCGGUCACCUGUUUUACCAUCAUCGUUAUCACCUGACAGUGUAUUAGCCAAGAAGCAAAAAUAUUGA